AUGGCCACUACCUACAAUGCCAUAGAAGACUACGGGCUCAUCGGGGACAUGCACACCUGUGCCCUUGUGAGCAAACAAGGCAGCUUGGACUACAUGUGCUGGCCUGUCUUUGACUCUCCGAGCGUCUUCUGCCGCUUGCUAGACACCCAGAAAGGGGGCUACUUCAGCGUUUGCCCGCCUCCUUCUUCCCCCAAUAUCCUCAGCAAGCAGCGGUACCUGCCGUACUCCAAUAUGCUCGAGACACGGUGGACCAACGAGGAUGGCGUGGUGACCAUGCUGGACUACUUCCCUGUGUCCCCUAGGAAGAGUGCCCAGUCGGCCAGGAUCCUGUCCGGGUAUUGCCCCUGCAACGAACCCGGGGUCAACCGGUUCAAGUCAGGGUUGCGGCACUCCGGCGUGGUCAGGAAGCUGGAUUGCAGCCGUGGCAAUAUGGACUUGCAAGUGGAGAUCUUCCCCGCGUUCAACUACGCCCGGGACACCCACACGACCCGGUCCAAGCUCGACAACGACCUGAGCAAGCAUCAACUCCAGACCGUCCACUUUGAGAGUGAGUCGGAGAAACUCCAGGUGGAGAUCUUCGCCCAUUCCAAGCAGGUCGAGAGAGUGGGAUUUCCCGAGGUGAAGUUCAGCAUCGAGGAAAAGCCAGGCAUGCGGGGCCGCGGCCUUGUCGCUUGGAUCAGACUGUCACAGGGCCAGAACCUGACCUUCGUCAUCCACAGCCCCGAGAAGAUCGUGCCCAGCGACGCCAUGAUGGAAUCCUACCUCGACAAAUUGGAGGAGGAGACGUUCGACUACUGGACCGGGUGGACCCGCCAGUGCACCUUCCGCGGUCACUACCGGGAAACCGUGGAGAGGAGCCUGCUCAUCCUCAAGCUACUGACGUACAAGCCCACGGGGGCAAUCGUGGCGGCGCCCACUUUUUCCUUGCCGGAGAACGUGGGCGGCGGCCGCAACUGGGACUACCGGUACUCCUGGGUCCGGGACACGGCCUUCACACUGUAUGUCUUCCUCAAGAUGGGCUACAGCGAGGAGGCGGAGGCGUACGUGAGCUUCAUCUUCGACCGGAUCUUCCCGCACGCGCAGGAGGAUGCCGGGCCGAGCUCGAAGCGGCCCUUCCUGCCCCUCAUGUUCACCAUCCGCGGCGAGUACGAGAUCCCCGAGGUGGAGCUGAGCCAUCUGGAAGGGUACAAGGGCAGCAAGCCCGUGCGCAUCGGCAACGCGGCCGUCUUCCACACGCAGCUGGACAUCUACGGCGAGCUGCUGGACAGCAUCUACCUGUACGACAAGCACGGCAACCCGAUCACCUACGACCAGUGGCUCUCGAUCCGGCGCAUGAUCAACUACGUGAUCGGCGUGCGCCACGAAAAGGACAUGUCCAUCUGGGAGUCCCGCGGCCAGAUCCAGAACUUCCUCUACUCCAAGAUCAUGCUCUGGGUGGCGCUGGACCGCGGCGUGCGCCUCUCCGAGAAGCGCUCCAGCCUCCCCUGCCCGGACCGCCUCAAAUGGAUCCAGGUCCGCGACGAGCUCUACGACGAGAUCAUGGAACGCGGCUACAACUUUGACCGCGGCCACUUCACCCAGAGCUACGAGAGCCGCGACGUCCUCGACGCCGCCGUCAUGAUUGCCCCGCUCGUCUUCUUCUGCCCGCCCAACGACCCGCGCUUCAUCAGCACCCUUGAGAAAAUCCUCCAGAACCCCAAUGAGCAGGGGCUCUCCAGCGCCAAAAUGGUCUUUCGCUACGACCACGAGAAAGCUCGCGACGGUACCGCCCCUUCCAUCCCAUCAUCCCAUUCUGUCGCAUCACUGACAAAGCGUAACAGGCGUCGGAGGCCGCGAAGGCGCCUUCAUCAUGGUCACAUUCUGGCUCGUCGAAGCAAUGGCCCGUGUAGGUUCCACCGUCCACCGGUCCCCUGCUCAGUCACUAAGAAGAGGAAACAGGCCGCAAAAUACAACGUGCCCAUCCCGAACCUCUGGAAGCUCGCCCUCGCGCACUUUGACAAUAUCCUCUCCUACUCGAACCACCUGGGCAUGUUCUCCGAGGAGGUCGCCAUCUCCGGCGAACAGAUGGGGAAUACCCCGCAGGCGUUCAGCCAUCUGGCCUGUGUUAGCGCGGCGCUCAAUCUGGAGAAGAUGGGUCGGGAUCAGGAUGAGAAUUCUGCUUGA